UGUACUGCUUGUUAUUGCAAGUUGUAUUGCUUUAUAUCCUCAUUGGCUAAUGAUACAACAGGCCCAAGGACAUAUACCGCUGAUAGCUGAGACUGUUACCACUACACUACAAACAACGACCGCCAUCGUCAAAUUGAUUUACUAUAUUUUCAUGCAGCAUAGAUUUUCGGCCAUUCUGCAUAAAGCUGAAACUCACGAGCUACUCCAAUGCCUUGAAAUAUUUAAGACGGAUAUGCCUGUCAAAAUGAAGCUGAAGCAAGAAAUUAAUGCAAUUAUGGUUACAACAUGGUUGGAAUCAAGGCGACAGCUUAUAUACUGUGUGAUAUUAAUUGUAUGCAUACUUUCUAACUACUUUUUCUAUGCGAUUUUUAUAAAUUUAUAUCAUCAAAUACAAGGCACACCGGACUACGUUUAUAUUUUGCCCUUCACUGGUUAUCCGAUGUUCCUCGACAAGGGUAUGAACUCUUUCUACUAUGCACUCGAUAUGUUUUUGGGCGCUUGUUCUCUUCAUGUGGCUGGCAUGUGUGCCAUCAGCUUCAAUUGUGCCUUUAUGGUCUUCUGUAAGCAUGCAUGUGGCAUUAUACGGGUAUUAAGCUUAAUGUUACAACAUUCCACCUCUCCACUGGUGCCAGCUGAACGACGCGUUGAGUAUUUGCGUUAUUGUAUAAUUCAACAUCAGCGUAUAGUUAACUUUUUAGAUGAAGUCAAUCAGCUCUUCAAGCAUAUAAUUCUCUCACAAUUUUUUCAUAGCAUGGCCAUUUAUGGUUUAGUACUCUACGAAAUCAAUUUUUCUUUAGAAUCAAGUAAAGUAACGCUUAUUCGCAUGAUUUUUUACAUUUGUGCUGCUUUUAGCGGAGAUUGUAUGCUUUACGUGAAUGGUCAAUUCUUAGUUACAGAGCUCGAAGCCAUACCGCUAUCCUGCUACUGCUGCGACUGGUACAAUGAGUCCGCGGAAUUUAAGAAAACUUUACAAAUGAUAAUUAUGCGUUCCAAUAAAGAGUUCUGUUUCCAAAUAUCCUGGUUCGGCGUACUGUCCUUGGUCACAUUGAUGGGGGUAAGUUGA